CGCGCUACUUAAAACGUUCUUGUGACUUGCGGUCACUUUCUAAUAACUGAUAUGAUUAAAAUAUCUGCUGGGUCAUAGUGUUACCACAUUUAAGAGACAUUUAUAAUCGACUGUCAAAGAGAUCAAAACAAAAUAAUAUUUUGAAUUAGCGGCUCGAUGCAAGUUUUUAGUUCAGAAAUGCAAAAACAAAACAGAAGUGAAAAUAUUUUAAGGCAAACUUUAAUUUGAAUGCUUAAUCUUCACAAAAUAAUUCGAAGAUAAAGAGACAAUGAUAAAAUACAUUUUAUUGUUGGCUUGUGCCACAGCUAUUAGCGGUGAAGAGAAAUGGGCCUGGUCAUCGUCGAAUCGAGAUCGAAAUGAUGCCCAACGAAAUGAAAAUAAUCGCAACGAUAGAUUUGAUCGGAGGCAACGUUUGGAGGAUUUACAAGAUCGGUAUGAAGUAAUCGAACCAACAACGAAACGCCCAGUGAACCAGAAACCACAACAAGAUGACGAAUACUUUGGUGGCAGUGAAAUUGGUCCAAAUUCUCAGAGAUUCAACUACAACGGCGGUGGUAGCAUUUAUCCACAAGGUGGAUUCCCUCAGGGAAUUCCGCAAGGUGUUGGAGGCUAUCCAUCUGCCUUUAAUGGUCAACACGGCCCGAUUCGAGGACAAUAUCAGCCAAAUGGUUUCGGACUCAAUGGAGGAUAUUAUCCGGGAGUCGGUGGUCAGUAUCCAGGCAUUGGACAAUAUCCAAGUGCUGGUGGCAUUGGACAGUAUCCAAGUGCUGGUGGAAUUGGACAGUAUCCAAGUGCCGGUGGCAUUGGACAGUAUCCAAGUGCUGGUGGCAUUGGACAUUAUCCGGGUUCCGGUGGAAUUGGACAGUAUCCAAGUGCUGGUGGUGGAAUUGGACAGUAUCCUGGAAACAUAGGCGGACCAAUAGCAGGACCCAAUCACGGUAUUCAAUCGGGAAAACUCCCAGUUUUAGUUGGUCCAGGUGGCCCAACCGGACAUAUUGGACGCCCUGGCUUCGGACCAAAUCGAGCUCAUCCAAAUAAUGGCGUUUUAGUUGGUCCUGGAGGGCCCAGUGGAAUCAUUGGCAGACCACAUGGAUAUGGCAGUGGAAAUGGAUACGGUGCAGGUUAUGGACCGUUAGGAGGCCAUGUCGGUAAUGUACCCGGUUCGUUCAAUGGCAUUGGAACUGGUUUCGCUGGUCCAUAUAGACCGAGCGGUCCAGCAGUUGGCAUUCCCUACAAUUCUGGAAGCGAUGGAAGACCGUACGCAGCUGAAUUCGAUGAUUACGAUAAUGGUGUGGAUAAGAAAAAGCAUGUCGAGAAGAAGUCAAUUGACAGUAAGAAUUGAAAACUGCGAUGAGGAGACUAAUCAUACCAAAUACUAGGAUAGAGCGAGCGUAUUUUGAACAGUUUUUUUUUGUAAGAUCGACCGAUUCGAUGUCUAAAUUAUUUUUUUUUUGUUUUGUUUU